AUGGGCCAUCGCAACAGGUCUUUGCCGGGGGAGGAUGUCACAGCGACAAGAGAUGAGCAGUACAUCAUUGCAAAAACUGAGUUUUCAUCGGAUCAGGUGCGCGGGGAAGAGAACGAAGCUGCCAUCCCUAGUGGAACAUCGGCAGCAGGAGCAGGAGCAGCGGAGGAGGGGGGAGAAGAACUCGAGGAACUUGAUGAAGGAACAACAGCAUCCUUAGACGGAGAAAGGGAGAGAGGAGGAACAAGAGGAGGAACCUUGGCACAGGCUGAGGGCGCUGGGAAUGGGGAAACAGAAGACGCGAGCAGAUCUGAAGCCACGUCAUUUGAGGUUGAAGACAUGAGGCAUGAUGGUUCAAAGAGUAAAGAUUCAGAGCAUGGUCGGGAGAGGAGGUUGUCCAACGAGGGAGCAAACCUCAACGAAGAGAGUGAAUCUUUCACUACAACCCGGAAAAAAUCCGUUGGAUCCAAGUCCAUGCUUUCCAUAGAGGUUGAGUUCAAGAACAUCAUAUACGAGCUGCAAGCUUGCAAUGAACAGCUCGCGUCAAUCAACGCAUCGUUGAGCACGCAGAUCGAUCAACUAGCUCCUUCUCCUUCCAACGACGCAGACCUCUCUCACAUGUCCAACGACAAGGUCGAAGAUUCUGAAGUUCAAGACUCACAAAACGCAUCUGAGAACAGAGACAAAGUUUUACACCCUCAAAACGUGUUGAGAUGUCUAGAUGUCAAAGAACUGUGGUGGAGUCCAGCUGAGAUCUCAAAGUUGGUGGAGAGUAUUCAGUGGACAUUGCGGAAGGGAGAUCAACACUUCUCUGAGAUUGUAGAGAGAUAUCUCGAUCGCAAGUCUGACACCAUUGGCAUGGAGGAGUUCUUCAAGUGUUUGAAUGAUCCUCCUCUCCUGCUUGAUGUCAAUCUUUACAAAAUCCGCCUCCUCUGGUGCAUGUUGGUCGGUACAAGUGAGGUGAAGGACGAAGAGAGUGCAAAGGACUGA